AUGACCACUCCACCCAAUUUAAAUGACUUAGUCGGCAUACUUUUAAGAUUUCGUUUACACCAAUUUGCCGUUACUACUGAUAUAGAGAAGGCGUUCUUGAACGUGGGACUAGAGACACAGGAUAGAGAUGUCACACGUUUCUUUUGGUUCGAUACACCAACAGACCCAUCAACUCCACUAUCAACUUACCGAUUUAAGUCUGUAUUAUUUGGAGCCACUUCAUCGCCAUUCAUACUGAAUUCCGUUCUACAAAAACACUUGAGAGAGAACCGCUGUGAAUAUACUGACACUUUAAAGAACGAUUUGUAUGUUGAUAAUAUACUGUCGAGUUUUCCUACAGAGAGUGCAUUACUGAAAUAUUUUGAUACAUCAAGAGACUUAUUCACUAGAGCAGGAUUUAACUUGCGCUCAUGGGCUUCAAAUUCUCAACUUUUGCGAGACCGCGCAAAUUCACACAGCGUAUUAGACAAAGAUGAACUCAUAAAAGUGCUUGGAUUGAGAUGGAACACUUGUAACGACACACUUACUUUCGCCAAACCGGAAUACACCGAUAUUGAAGAUACACGUAUGACAAAACGAGAGAUUUUAAGACAAUCAUCGAAAGUAUAUGACCCACUCGGACUUAUUGGUCCAGUUACUGUGCGUAGUAAGAUGCUUAUGCAGACUUUGUGGGAGAAAGGAUUAAAUUGGGAUGAACCUCUUACAUCUGAAAUUACAACAGAAUGGAAGUGUGUACUACAAGAUAUUAAUGAAUGUUCACAUUUGAAAAUUAAUAGACCGUAUUUCAAAGAAAAAUCAGACAAUGUAGAAUUACAUGUGUUUACGGAUGCAAGCUUGAAAGCCUAUGGAGCAUGCGCAUAUUUAGUCAGUGGAAAAGAAACCGUGCUUAUCAUGUCAAAGAAUCGAGUGACACCUCUGAAACAGUUAACAAUUCCGAAGUUAGAACUCAGUGCAGCUUUGAUAGGCGCAAGACUCGUCAAGCAUUUGAAAUCGCACUUGGAGGAUACAAGCGUCACAUUAUGGAGUGACAGUCAGAUAACUUUAAGUUGGCUUACUACUGAGAAACAAUUACCCGUUUUCGUUAGUAAUCGAGUGAAGGAAAUUAACGAAAUUACUCAAGAAUACACAUGGAAGUACUGUCCGACAUAUUCAAAUCCGGAAGAUAUACUAUCGAGAGGAGUAACUGCAACCAAAUUCCUAGAAUUGGAUCUUUGGAUGAAAGGACCCGAAUGGCUCACUGACAAAUCAAACUGGCCACAGUGGAAGAAUAAAGAAUCGCACAUUCUUAGCACUACAAUUGAGCAAGGGCAAUCAACUAGUGAACCGCAACAGAAAAUAAGAUUUUAUGAAGGAAUAAGUAAAAUUAUGGAUAUACAACGCUACAGCUCAUACCAAAAACUUUUGCGUAUAACAGCAUACAUGUACCGAUUCAUAAACAACUGUAGAAAUAAUGACAAACUAACAGGAAAUCUUAGUGUCAAUGAAAUUCAGACUGCUUCGACUUCAUGGAUUCGAGAUUCGCAACUGCGUUAA